AUGGAUCGACUUCGAAAACCUUUCAGAACCCCGGGUGCUGCAAACCGAACCCCGGUUUCCGAUCGGCCCGCUCGCAAAAGGAGGAGGGUCGACUACUCCGGAGCUGAUGGAGAUGUCUCCAACGGGAGCGACUGGACAAGCAUCGAGCGACUGGCUCUCGCCAACCGCGAUCCCAACAAAUUUCCCACCUUUCAAGUCAAAGACAAGCAGACGGUGUUUAGAAAACGCUUCGCUAUCCCUUUACUGAACAAACAGACGGGCGGGUACAACGCGAAUCGGCCACCGCCCACCCUAGGCCUUCGUCAGGGUGCUGUUUUCGUAGCAAAACCGCUAUAUGAUCCGAGCGGCGAGUUUGCUAUUGUCCUUUACGAUCCGACUGUUGAUGAUAAACCCAAGCCCAAGCUCUUAGCCAACGUGGAAAAUGUUCAGCAAGAUGUCGGCCCUAAACUUGACGAGCCCCUUGUUCACAAGAGUCUAGCAGAAAUCUUGGGCAUCAAGAAGAAAGUAGAAGGAGAUCACCCCCGCGUGCCUGUCGUGAUCGAUCCUCGGUUAGCCAAGGUCUUGCGGCCCCACCAGAUCGAAGGUGUCAAAUUCAUGUACCGCUGCGUCACUGGCAUGAUCGACGAAAAGGCGAAUGGGUGCAUCAUGGCGGACGAAAUGGGUCUCGGCAAAACCCUGCAAUGCAUCACCCUCUUGUGGACUUUGCUAAAGCAAUCGCCGGAUGCCGGAAAAUCUACCAUUCAAAAGGCAAUCGUUGCCUUGGCUGGGGAAGACGCCAUUACCCCCUUCGCUAUCGACGGCAAGGCCUCCAAAGAGGAACUCACGCGUCAGCUUCGGCAGUGGGCGAUAGCAUCUGGCCGUGCCGUCACGCGCCCUGUGAUCAUCGUCUCGUAUGAAACGCUGCGCCUAAACGUUGAAGAGCUGAAGCACACUAAAAUCGGGCUCAUGCUCUGUGAUGAAGGCCAUCGCUUGAAGAAUGGAGAGAGUCAAACCUUCAGCUCCCUCAACAACUUGAACGUCACCCGCCGCGUCAUCCUCUCGGGCACGCCCAUCCAGAAUGACUUGUCUGAAUACUUCUCGCUUAUCAGCUUCGCAAAUCCGGAUCUCCUCGGCUCGCGUUUAGAAUUUCGAAAAAGAUUCGAGCUGGCCAUCCUGCGGGGCCGUGACGCAGCCGCCACUGAAGCUGAGCGACAGCGAGGUGAUGAAUGUCUGAGUGAGCUCCUUGGAGUUGUCAACAAGUUUAUCAUCCGCAGGACAAACGACAUUCUAUCAAAAUACCUCCCCAUCAAAUACGAACACGUCGUCUUCUGCAACCUAGCACCGUUCCAGCUCGGCCUCUACAACUACUUCAUCACCAGCCCCAAUAUCCAAGCUCUUCUUCGAGGCAAGGGAAGUCAACCUCUGAAAGCUAUCAACAUUUUGAAAAAGCUCUGCAACCAUCCUGACCUGCUCAAUCUCGCCGAUGAUCUUCCAGGCUCGGAGGAAUGCUUUCCCGAAGACUACGUACCAAAGGAGUCAAGAGGGCGUGAUCGUGAUAUCAAGCCUUGGUACUCGGGAAAAAUGCAAGUCUUGGACCGCAUGCUGGCAAGAAUUCGCCAAGAUACAAAUGACAAAAUCGUGCUCAUCAGCAAUUAUACCCAGACCCUGGAUCUGUUUGACCGGCUGUGUCGCGCGCGCGGUUAUGGUAGUCUGCGGCUAGACGGCACAAUGUCCGUCAACAAGCGCCAAAAACUCGUCGACAAGUUUAACGACCCGGAUGGCCAUGAAUUCGUCUUCCUACUUAGCAGCAAGGCCGGUGGCUGUGGGUUGAACCUCAUCGGCGCUAACAGACUAGUGCUCUUCGACCCGGAUUGGAAUCCGGCCGCUGACCAGCAGGCUCUCGCUCGACGGCAGAGCCACAAGCAGAGCCUUUCUAGCUGCGUCGUCGACUCCGCCGAGGACGUGGAGCGGCACUUCUCUCUGGACAGUCUGCGAGAACUUUUCCAGUACCGGCCAGAUACAACUUCUGAUACCCACGACACGUUUAAGUGCAAGAGGUGCCGGCCUGAUGGGAAACAGUUCCUCAAGGCCCCCGGCAUGCUGUACGGCGAUACAAGCACCUGGAAUCAUUUUGUAAAUGCCGGGCUCGGCACGAUACAGGAUCUCCUGCUGCGACAAGAGCAUGGAGAGAACGAGGUCUCGGGAGUCUUUCAGUACAUUUCCCACUAA